UCCAGCCCAGCAAAGCCUGGCACGGCCUGGCACGGCACAGCAGAGCCUGGCAUGGUGCAGUCCAGCCCAGCAAAGCCUGGCACGGCCUGGCACGGCACAGCCUGGCAGCGCAGCCCAGCGCGGUGUUGCACUUUCUGGCCCGGCCCGGCCGGAGGGGCUGCACCCCGCGCUGGAGAACCCGCCGCCGGCCUGGCGCAGGGAUGCUGGCGCCCGCACCGCCCGGGGCCGCGGCGGGGGCGGACAAGGGGCCGCUUUCCGCGGGGACAAGGCGGCUCUGUGCGUGGUGCUCGGUGCCAGCCGGCUCCACCGCGCCGGGGUCGCCCGCGCCGCUCAUGUGCUGCCGCGGCUCACUGGGGCUUUUGUUCGCCGCGGCGGGCAGCGAUUCGCGCCGGGGCUCAGCGGCACAACAUGGCCCUGGCUCCGGGCACCGCCGCGGGCACCGCCGCAGCCCGAACCCCCCGAAUCGCCUCCCUGGUGGGUCUCCCACGCACACGGAUGCCCCCAAAGCCGCCCGCGAGCGAAGCCUCGGCGUGCACACGUGCGCACGCACACGCGCCGAAAAACCGAAAUCGCGCCGCUCGCCGCAGAGCAACCCCCCCCGCUUGCCCUGCUGCCGGCGGGAUCAAAAAGUCAGCGCGAGGCUUGCAAAAAAACGAAAAACCGCCACGGCUCGUGCUUAGCUGGCUCUUCUCGCCGGCGCGGGUGGCGGGCGGCGGCGGCAGCGGUGCCGGGGCCGUGCGAGAGGCGCGGGGGGCCCCGCCGCUGCUUUCUCUUUUGCUUUUGCCGGGCGCGAGGCACGCGGCGCGCCCCGCUCGCGGCCCCGGCACAGCGGCAGGGCCCCGCCACCGCGGAAGGAGCCCUUCGGCCUCCUCCUCCUCCUCCUCCUGCUCCUCGCCGCCGCCAUGCGCUGGUGGCUGCUGCUGGCGCUGGCGGCGCUGAGCCGCGCUGCCGAGGAGCCCGACCUGGCCUGCUUCAGGCCGUGCAGCUCGCGCAGCUUCCUCUGCCGCUGGCCGCCCUGGGGCCCCGCCGGCGACACCACCUACGUCCUCACGCUCUGCUACGCGGCGCCGCGGCUGUGCAAGGAGCACGUGGCGGGCGGGCGGGCGGCCCUCAGCCUGCGGCCGCACUGGCUCUACGUGCUCACCAACGCCACGGCCUGGGUGGAGGCACGCUGGGGCCAGCACCGGCAGCGCAGCCGCAACCUCACGCUCUACCUCGACGAGGCCGUGAAGCUGGACCCCCCCUCCGCCGGCGCCGGCUUCAGCAAGGCGGCGGGGUGGCUGCGGCUGCGGCUGCGGCGGCCGCCGUGCCACCGCGGGAACCGGCCGCUGCAGAGGGAGGCUCGCUACCGUGGGACGGACGACGGCGUGUGGACACAGGUGGCGUGCGGCAGCGAGCGGCGGCGGGACGGCGGGGACGGCGAGGAGGAGGCAGUGAGCUGCAGCCUGGGGGGCAGCGGCGCCGUGGAGCUGCAGCUGCGGCACAAGCCGCAGCACUGGAGCAGCUACUGGAGCGACUGGAGCGAGCCCAUCUUCAUCCCCGAGGAGCUCCUGGAGGCACCGGCGCUGCACCACGAGCUGGGGCACCUCGGCGGCGGCGGGCAGCGGCGGCUGCGGCUGCGCUGGCAGCCGCCCCGCCGGCAGCAGGGCGACGUGCGCUACGCGCUGCGGGUCCGCAUGCUGCCGUGCCGCUGCGCCGAGCCGGCCGGCGAGGAGGAGCUCGCGCUGGGCGCGGAGGCCACGGGCCACGAGCUGACCCUCUGCGCGGCCGCCUACGACGUGACGCUGACGGCCGCCAACGCCGCCGGGCCGGGCCCCCCGCGGCACCUCCGCGUGCCGGCGGAGCAGCGGGCAGAGCUCGGCUUGGCGGGCGUCAGCGCGGCCGGCGGCGCGGUGACGGUGCGGUGGGAAGCGGCGGGCAGCGGGCUCGCCUACUGCUUCGAGAAGCAGCCGCUGGCCGGGGCGCCGCGGCAGGACGCCUGCGUCCGGAGGGAUUUCCCGGCAAAGAGCCUCCACGUGGAGAGAGGGCAGCUGACGGAGCCGGCGUGCUACCGACUGGCCGUGCACGGCUGGGCGCCGGAGCGGCGCUGGGCCACCUUCGCCCUCACCUACCACUACGCCGGCAACGCCUCGCUCGCCGAGUCCGUCCGCAUCAACGCCAGCAGCGACUCGGCCGUGCUGCAGUGGCAGCCCUCGCCCCGCGCCGCCUGCCCCGGCGUCUUGAAGAAGUACAUCAUCUGCUACGGGCCCGAGGGGCACGGCCUGGCGCACGGCGAAGCGGACGCGGCGGCCCGGCGCUACGUCCUGGGCGGCCUGCGGCCCGGCACGGCGUACCGGCUCGGCAUCCGGGAGGUGACGGCGGAGCCCGACGGCGCCUGCGCGGCGCGGUGGCACUUCCAGACCAAGGCGCUGGGGCCGCGGCCGGCGCCGUGGAAGCCCAACCUCCGGUACCUGGGCGUCCUCCUGGGCCUCCCCGUCCUGGCGGCGGUUUUGCAGCUGAGCAGGAGGAGGGCCGCGCGCCUGCUGUGCCCGCCGCUGCCCAAGCCGCGCGGCAGCCAAGCCCUCCGCUUCUCCGCCGCCGAGAUGGGCCAGGGCGAGCGCCGGAAAGGCUUCGUGGAGCCCGCGGAGAAGUUCAGCCGCGCCGAGCUGCUCGUGCCGGAGCCCGGCCCCGAGAAGGAGGGUGCCGAGAGCCGGGUGCCCUCCCCGGGCCCCGCCGUGCCGCCGCCGUCCCCCGGCGCCGAGCCGCCCUUCGAGUACCGGCGGCAGGAGGUGCCGGGCCCGGCGCCGGCCGCCGGGGAAGACGCGGGGCUCCGCCGGCCUCUCCUGCCGCUCGGCACGGACGAGCCCGUCCUCCUCCUGCUCCGGAGCGAGGGCGGCCUCGACGCGCUGCCGGAGCGGCCGGCGCUGCCGUGAGCGGGCGCCCGGCGCGGGAAUGGCCGGUGUCUGGCACGGGAAUGGCAGGUUUCCAGCGUGGGAACGGCGGGAUGCGAGAGCCCAGCGUGGGAACGGCGGGUGUCCGGUGCGGGAACGACGGGAACGGCGGACGCCCAGCGUGGGAACGGCACAUGCCAGCGUGGGAACGGCGGGAAUGGCGGAUGCCAGCGUGGGAACGGCGGAUGCAGGCGCCCAGCACAGGCACCCGCCUGCCUUGGGCUCACUUUUGGGGGAGUUUCCUGGUUUUCAGGACUUGUGCGCUCAAUAAACACGAUUUCCUCCCA